AUGGUUUUAAGAAUCAACGAGAAGGAAGCGAACCCCAAUCCUCAUAUAAAUUUCACUACUGCUCUACCAUCGGCCAAACAAAGUGAAGCCAGGGAGCUUUUACGUUCUCUAGCAGCACAAGUGAGGCCAGUGAUGAAGUCUGAGGGUCUCAAAGUGAAUAGUUUCGAGGAGUACGAGUUUAACCAAGUCUUUGCCGGUAGAAAUUGGAAUGCAGGUGAUGUACGUAUGUUCAUUUCAAUAUUAGAAUUGAGUAACAACAUUAUUAAGAUCGUUGAGCUCGUUCUUAGGAGACCGAAUGGCCAGUUUUAUCCUUUUCCUUUCUUGCUCAAUGUUCUCUGUCAUGAACUUGCGCAUAUAAAGCACAUGAACCACUCCAAAGCAUUUCACAAAUACAACGAAGAGUUGCGGAUUAAAGUCACGUCUUUAAGGGAGAAAGGCUACUUUGGUGAUGGAUACUGGUCAUCUGGUACCAGGUUAGCAGACAAUGCUACUGUCCAAGGUGAGACCGCCCUCGUAGCUGGUGAUUUCAUGGAGUACAUUUGCGGUGGUGCACAAUCUCGCCCCAAGUCAAGUAUCUGGAGACAUAAAAAGCGUAAGAAACCAUUAACGCGUAAGGGAAUGAUUAUUGGUGCAGGUAAUCGCGUUGAUGGUGCUUCUUUACAAUUGGAUAAAAGUCAAGAUUUAAAUUCCACCUACAAGAAGCGAGCAUCGUCAAAAAAUGCACGGCAAAUUCGACUUGAAGCAACAGAAAUGCGCUUAUCUGCUCUGACGAAAGCUAAGCAAGAAGAAGAAGAGGGAUCUAGGUCAACAACUGAGGAUGAACCUGAUUAUAUUGAAAGCGAUGUUGACAGAAGACACUUAAUGGGCGAUAUUAAAGUUGAAGAUACAGGUAGUGCAUGGGAUGCUUUCCUAUGUCAAGAUAUCAAGCCGAGUGACCACAAACGAAGUGAUCCUAAGUCAAAGGCUGGUCCAAGUAAAGCCAGAAAUAAAGGUAAUAAAGAAGUCAUCGAAAUUGAUUAA